AUGAAAGGAUCGCUCUUAAAAAAACCAAUAAUUAGCUAAUUAAGCUGCUAUGAUAGCUUAGGGGCUUUGCUAGUUAAGAAAGAAAAGUCGGUCAAGGAUUGCGAAGGAAUAUAUCAACUAAUAUAAAGUGUGCAAGGGUUUAAUGGAUUUAUUGAUAGCUUUUUGAAAGGGUUAUCUCAUGAUUAGGUUAUUCAUCUUUGCAGCAAGUUUGAAUAUAGGAAAUACUUAAAGGGGGAUAUAAUAUUCAGAUAGGGAGAUGACCAUGAUAAUAGACUCUAUUUAAUAUUGUAAGGAAGCGUUAUGAUUUUCAUCAACAGAGAUAUGGAUGAUGAACAGGAUGGUGAUAAAAAAAAUAUUUUAAACAAUAAAGACAAAUAAUAAUUGGACUAAAUGGAACCAGAGUCUCCUGUUAUUCAAAUGUCUUCUUUACUGGCAAAAAUUAAAGGCAUGGGUAAAAAUGCUUUGUCAUUUAUGAAUAGAAAGAGUAAGAGCGGGCAAGUACCUUACAUUACUCCUGAAGAAAAAGAAAUGCUUAAAAAAAAAUACGGAAAUACUACGAGAUCAAUAGGAAGUGGAAAAUAUUUUGGUGAGAAAGCACUAUUAAAUAAUGAUAAAAGAUCUGCUACUAUUGUUGUUGAUUAGCAUUUAUCAGAAAUGUUAACUCUCGAAAAGAAAUACUUUAAUGAAUUUUUGAGUAGAUUGUAAGAGAUUCUAAUUAGUAGGAAAAACACAAUUACGCACAUAUUUCCAGAGAUGAAUACUUACACUCUGCAAAAAAUGGAUAAUAUGCUCUACUGCUUCCAACCUGAAAAUUACACUAAAGGAAAUCAUUUAUGCAUAGAAGGAGCUAAAGAAGAUAAAGUUUUUAUUGUUUAAGAAGGAGAAGUUUAACUUGAAAAAUGUAUAAAAAUUGAAGAGGAAGUUAGGAAUAAUAUAAAAAGAAAAAAUAUUUAGAUUAAAGUAAGUAUAUUGUCUGCAGGUGGAGUUGUCGGAGAAGAACUUUUUUUGAACGAAAAUUACUGCUACUUUUACACUUGCACAGUUUUAUCUCCCAAAGCUAUCAUUUUAGUUGGUGAUAAAAAAAGUAUCGAAGUAAAAUUUCCUAACUCAAUCAAGUAAAUGUUUAAAAUAAUGUGGGAAAAUAAAGAAAAAAUAAGAAAAGAAAUUAUUGAAUAAAGAAGAUCUGAGGUAGAAACAGAGGUAAGAAAUAAUCAAUAUCGAUAAGAAAUCAAGGUAAAUCUUGAAAAAGCUUAAAAUUUUUUUGUGUAGUAUCAAAAAAAUCAACUUGCUGUUAAAUAAAUCACAAAGAGAAAUCAAAAUACUGUUACAAAAGAAGAAGGGACAGGAUAAAUUUCUUCAUCUAAUAAUUUACAAUCAAAAAACUAAUUGCUUAAUGCCAAAAGUAAUAAUAGCAUACCUAAAAUUCUUGAUUAAAAUUAUUCUAGCUAGUUUGAGUAUUCAAAAGAGUAGCUAAUCCAAACUAUGUUAUUUAAAAAUUCUAAUUCUACUAGAAAUGCUGAAUCGCCUAGAGAUAAUAAGCCAAAUUAAAUAGAUUUAGCUAAAAUCUCUUAACCUGAAAAUUUUAUUUAUGACUUUGGAAAUCAAUAAUAAAAAAGAAUAACUCCUAAACUGAUAAAAGUUAACAGCGUUACUGAAAAACCUAAAUUACCUCAAAAUGGUGUAGAUAUUUCUAAAAAAAUUGACUAAUAUGUGAAAAAUUAUAAAAAUAAUUAUCUAUUUUCAAAGGAUUUAAAUGACUCUAAACUGCAUUAAAAUAGUGAAAAUAAUAAAGAAAUGUAAAUAUCUAAUGAAAAUAUUAAGGAUUUGAGUGAUUCUUCAGGAACUAUUCAAAGUAACCCAAAAAUUCAAGUUAUAAAAGAAAAAAAUACUGAAGAAACCGAGAAUAUUGUUACAAAUAAUAAAUCACAUAGAAGGGGGUCUAAGAGCAUUUAGGAUUUCACGUCAAUGGAAAUCCUUAAUAAAAGUCUUUUAAAAUCAUUGUCUUUGCCAAAAAAAUAAAAGAGUGAGAAAUUAAUUUAAUUAGAGUAGCUAUCGUUUAGAAAGGUAUCUGAGAAUAGCAAUGAAUUAUAAACACUAUCACCGAUUUAUCAUAAUAAAAAAGAAAAUAGUAAUUACUCAGGUGACAAUACUAAUUCAUCUGAAGUUAAAAAAUCAUCAUUUUAAAUUUUUAAAUAGCUUUCUAAAAUUUCAUCCUCCGAGUUUGUUCUUUAAGCAAAGAAAGUACCUUCUUUGCUUCUAAGCGAUUAAGAUUUUUAGAAAAAAAAUGAGUGUUUUACUGAUCCAAACAAUUUGUAUUAACAAAAUGUUUUAAAAUAUUGUUCAAUGACACCCUCUGCUGCUAUAAAAAGUACAGACAUAAGUAAGUCAAAAAUAAGCAAUUAAAACAGUAUUGAUUUUAAUGAAGCUUAAUCACUUAAGUAAAAUUCUUUUAGAAUAAAAUAAAGUAUCAGGCAACAUAGUUUGAUACCUCUUAAAUAAGUUUAAUACCCCGAAUAAGGCUAAGCAUACUAAACCUCAAACGAAGAAGUACGCAAAAAGAAAUCUUUUUUAGGUGUUUCGCCUACAUCUUCAUCUCAUGAUUUGGAAUUACCAAAUCUAAGAUAGAAUAGCGAAUCAUCAAAAUAAGUUACAUAAAAAAAGAAACAGUAAAGCUUCUAAUUUCAGUUUCAUAGCUAAAACGCAUCUCCAGAAAGGUCUCCUUCAGAAAAAGAAAAAGAAUGCUAAUUAAAUUAAUAAAAUAACAUUAUAAGUAGAAAAGUUAGUGAACACCAAAAGUCUCUAUAUUUUGAAGAUUACUAAAAAGAAUAAAAAUCAUUAAAAUCUCUAUCUAAAUUAUAAAAUCUCUCAAUAUCUAACUUACAAAUGCUCCCUGUUAAAUCAAGCAAUAAACAAAAUUCAAUCUCUCAAAUAAAAUUCGAAAAUAUUUUCUUGGAUAGUAAAAAUAAAAAAAUGAAUUUUUAUUCACCACAUAACAAGACAAAAAACACAUUAUAAGAAUAUGGAUUUUAAUAAAAAUCUGAAACAUCCAAAUUAAACUCCUACUUCUAUUUAGAAGAAACUAAUAACCAUUAAAACGGAGUAGAAACUUUAAUCAAUUUACCUACGAGCGCCUCUUUAAUUCCCUAGGCUCCAUUAAAAAAUCCAUCUCUUCAUAAUUUAAGAUUAAAAUAAUUUAAAGAUUAAAAGAAAAGUUUAAAUCAAAAAAAAGCUUCAAGCCUCACAAAACUAAAUUUUAGUACUCCCAGACUUGAAUUUAUUAUAAAUACUAACAAAAAAUCUUAUGAAAUACAAUAACAAUAAUAAUAAUCUUAAUGA